AUGGCUCUUAAAAAGCUCUCCAGGUUUCUAUCUCUUGUUCAGUCUGCAACUUCAGUGUAUUUUAGAAGGAACAUUGGUGUUACAGCUGUUGCAUUGAACAAGGAACUUGAUCCUGUUCAAAAACUCUUUGUAGACAAUAUUAGAGAAUAUAAAUCCAAGAGAUGGGCAGCUGAAGGAGGACCUGUUGAUAUAGGUCCUGAAUAUCAACAAGAUCUGGAACCUGAACUAUUCAAGCUUAAGCAGAUGUAUGGUAAAGCAGACAUGAAUACAUUCCCAACAUUCAAAUUUGAAGACCCCAAAUUUGAAGAAGCACCUAAACCCUAG